GUAAUUUUUUCGUUUAAGUUAGCUUUUAACUUGUUGUUGACGUUGAAACUUGAAACUGGUUAACAGACUGUUAUUAAUAAUUCACUAAUUUAAUAAUUGUUGUGUAUAUUAUUACUGUUUGAUAAGUGUUGACCAAAUUAAUCUAAGUCUACCAAUCUGUGUUACUCUGCCAUAUAAGUGUUGAAACCAGUGACUCCAUUGUUGGCUUCUGUGUGAAAUUGAGCCAAAAAUAAAAAAGGACUGGACAAAAGAAGUCAUUUGAUCUCAUCUUUAUAUUGUUAAUUGUUACAAAUUAUCGCCAAUUUUUGGAUACUGAGUCAUUGUAAAUUAUAUUUAUAGACUCAGAAUGGAAAUUUACAACAGCAAACAAUUGUUUUACGUAACCUUCUGACAAUCUAAGGAAUCAGCCGAUCAAUUUAUGUGUUACCAAAAUGGACAUUUAUCAACUUUUAACCGUAAUUCAGCUCGUAAACAACAUUCUGACCGGUUCUUUAUUUAAGUCAUCGUCAUCUUUACCCCUCUCGCCAUCAUCAUUCUUGCCAUCAAUAUUAAAAAAGUCAACUUAACCAACUUUAAAUUGUAUUAGUUAAUACUUCCAUUGCCAUUUUUACCAUUUUUUGGGUUUACUCUUUACUCCAUUUUCAUCUCAUCUCAACUUCAAUGUGAUUAUUGUGUCCAUAAGAUUUCAUGCAUCAAUUCAAUAAGAAACCAUUACAGGAUUGAAUCUGGAUUAGUUGCUAAGCCUGAUUUAUUUAACCAUAUUUAAUGAUAUGUCAUCUGAAUCGGGUUGGUUUGAUGCCUUUCGACCCAAUGGAGGUCCACCAUUGUAUCUUGAUCCCAAUCGAACUUCUUCCUUGAUUGAUUCAAGAAUUUUUUUCAUUCUGUUAACAUUUGCCACAGCAGAGAUUGCAUUCCUUCUAGUUUUACCUGGAAUACGAAAAGAGAAAAUAUCAACCUUUAUAAUAGUUAGUCUAUCAUUGUUUAUUGGAUGUACAAUUACAGUUGCUCAUUGUGGUUCCAGUUGGCAUAUAGCUGAAGCUUCAAUAUCUAGUCCUUAUCGAGCAUUUUCAAAGCAAAAGAUAUUUGCUGAUGUUGGUGUUUAUAUUGGAUUACAGAGUGUUAAUAUUACAUUAAAAGCUAAAGCGACUCAUCAUAAAAGAGCCGAGGAAAUUGAUUACAAUGAACGUUUCUACUGGAUUGAGGCCACAGGAAUGAAACAAGAAUAUCGAAGUGCACUUGCCAAAGGACUUCCUUUCCCUAUUUUAACCAUCUUAGAGUAUUUAAGUAAAGCCGAUGAAGGAUUCAGUUGGGGUGAAAAGUAUCGUGGUGCAGGCAGUUUAGCCUCCAAUCUGUUGGUCAUGGCAUUCUGUGCUUGGCUUUUCAUGUUGAUCAUGUUGUGUGCUGUUCCCAAGUAUGGAAUCUAUACUCUAACCAUUAUCGGAGGUUUCAUGUUAUUUAUUAAUGGCUGUUACAGCCUUUCUCUACCUGCCAAUCCAUUGAGGAUUCCCUUUCCCGGAGGUGUUCUCAGUUUUUCCUAUGGUUGGUCCUUUUGGCUUGUUUUAAUUGCUGGUAUAAUUGCACUCUCAGUUGGAUCAAUCAUUGUUAUUUUUGACUAUUUUUUCCCAAAUAAAUUUUCAACAAUCUUGGAGGUUGAUUAUGAUACACCUUAUAGAUAUUUUGUUGGCAAUGAUGCCCAUCUAUUUGGUGGUCUUGCUAAUAAUGGUAAUUUUCAAACUCACACUCAUUCCAAUCAUCAUCAUAAUCACCAUCAAGUCGCAUCAAUAACCAAUAGUGCAUCAACCGAAUCAACCUGUUGCGGUAAUAAUACCCUUCGUAAUAGUGUUAUCAAAACAUCAUCUGAAUCAACUUCAUCUUCAUGCAAACCUUCCGUCUCAAAGCAAAAAAGUGAUGCUUCUGUUUGUACAACUGAAUCUUUUCCAGUUACAAAGUGCAAUAUUGGCCAUACUAACGGUAACAGUUUAGUUACAACGCGAGCAAUUAUCGAGAAACAAGGACAAGAUAAUGAAGCUUUCGAUGAUGAGGAUAAAAAAGUUGCCGAUGAAAAGAAGCUUAAAAAGAAUAAUAAUCUUCAUCCAACAUCAUCAUCAUCUUCAACUUCAUCUACACCAGGAUCAUCUUCAAAUCCUGGUUCCACUGAUCCAAAUGAGAUUAGCACUGAACUUGUGCAUGGUAAAAGAGCGGUGUCUUUAGGUAAUUUUGGACGAUUUACUGCUCGACAGCAACAAUUAUCAGCAUCGAAGUCACGAAAUUGUACAAAAACAAACGCACUUCCCAGUACCCACCUUUAAAAUUUGCCAACAAUUAGGAUUUUAACACUUGUAAGAUAGCUCAUCAUCAUCAUCAUCAUGGCAGUAACUUUAAUAUUCAAAACAUUUUGUUAGUGUUGAUAAAAUCGUUCUUGACUUGCAACAUCUUUUGUCCAUUAAAACCCAUUAAUUUGCCUCUUCUCCUCAUUUUCCCAUCAACAUAACAAAAGCUGUUUGCACCAAAAAAAAGGGAAAAGUAAAAAAUUCAAGGUUCCAAUCUGGAUUCCUACAAUUAUAAAUGUAUAUUUUUGUCAAGCUCUUCCAGAUUCACUGAGCAUAAAACAAAGUCAUGUUUUUUAUCGUUAAACACACACCAACAAGUAUAAAUCAAUCGUCAUCUUAUGGCUCAAAAUAUCUGCAGCUUAAUAAUUACCAUCCUCAUUAUCAUCAACAGUAAUAUACUCAUUGUUUUUUUGUCGUCAAAAUACUUUUUUUCCUCUCACAACAAUCAACUUAAAUUGUUGGAUUCAACCUUUACACUCAACUAUUUUCCCUAUCAAACUAAGUCAUUUUGAAUCAUAGCAAAAAAGCAACACAAUUUGUUAACCAACAGUGUAUUUAGUUUUUUUAGAUUAAAAUUAUUAAAAUUGACAAAAAUUAAUUUUUCCAAAUAGCAA